AUGGCUUUCGUCAAUCUCCGGCUUGAAUCUGAUUCGAAGCUUGUUACUCCGGUCGCAACUCAAGAUUUGAUGGAUGGUGCACAUCGAAUCUGCUUCGUCUCCAACUUUUCGGUGAUGAUUUUUGGUGUUGUGCAAAACCGUCUCCAGCCGCCGGAGCCACCGGACCCUCCGAAUCCACCGGAUCUAUCGACUGCAUCUCCAUCUCAUGACAUGUGA